GCGCUACGCCCCAAGCGCCACGCCCUCUCUCUGGGGCGCGCGGCCCUUCUCUCCUUCCCCUCUUUGCGCGCGAGCUCUUCCGUCCCUGUCCCAGUCAAAUCUAGCACGCGCGCAUUCUCCCCGGGCUGGAAAAAGCCCAGGUGGAUUUAAAGAAGGAAAAGGCUUUUGCAGCGCUCGCUACGUCAGCUCCGGCCUCUCUCUGGCCCUCUUCGUGCUGCAUCAUCACAGUCGCCUCCUCCUGCUGCUGCUGCUGCUGCUGCCGCCGCCGCCGCCGCCGCCACUACCUCCUAACUCUUUCUCCUUUGCUGCUUGCUCCCUCUCUCUGCCUCUCCCUCUCUCCCUGGGUCUGGCUGUGGGUCUGCGUGUGCGUGCGUGCGUGAGUGCGUGUGUGCGAGUGAGUGUGUGUGUGAGUGUGCCGGGCCGCUGCUAGGCUCCCUGGGCAUCUCGCCGCCGCCCGCCCUGUACCAGUUCGCCACGACCCCUCUCCGUUUUGCGUCUCUGUUCCUUUAGAAUUUUUUUUUUAAAAAUAUAUUAUUCCAUGUCAUCUUUAUUUUAAUCUCCCUGGGUCACCCAAACUGGUGCAGCUGGAAGCAGCCGCCUCCACCCCCUCUCCCGCCCCCGCCCCCUCCCCCCGAAUCCGAGGAAUAUGGCGAAAGUGGAGCAGGUUCUGAGCCUAGAGCCGCAGCACGAGCUCAAAUUCAAAGGUCCCUUCACAGAUGUCGUCACCACCAACCUGAAGCUUGGCAACCCUUCUGACCGAAAUGUAUGUUUUAAAGUGAAGACUACUGCACCCCGCCGGUACUGUGUGAGACCCAAUAGUGGAAUUAUUGAUGCGGGAACAUCAAUUAAUGUGUCUGUGAUGCUACAGCCUUUCGAUUAUGAUCCUAAUGAGAAAAGUAAACACAAGUUUAUGGUUCAAUCUAUGUUUGCUCCGACUGACACCUCAGAUAUGGAAGCAGUAUGGAAGGAGGCAAAACCAGAAGAUCUUAUGGAUUCAAAACUUAGGUGUGUGUUUGAAUUGCCAGCAGAGAAUGAUAAACCGCAUGAUGUAGAAAUAAAUAAAAUUAUGUCCACAACGGCAACAAAGACAGAAUCAUCUGUUAUGUCUAAAUCUAUAAGUUCUUCUUUGGAUGAUACUGAAGCUAAGAAAGUAAUGGAAGAAUGUAAAAGGCUGCAAGUAGAAGUUCAGAGGUUACAGGAGGAAAACAAACAAUUUAAGGAAGAAGAUGGCCUGCGGAUGAGGAAGACCCUGCAAAGCAAUAGCCCAGUUUCCACUUCAGCCACCAUCGUGAAGGAAGAAGGGCUUAGUACCCGACUUCUGGCUCUGGUCGUCUUGUUCUUUAUCGUUGGUGUAAUUAUAGGGAAAAUCGCCUUAUAGAGGCAGCAUGCAGAGGCUGGUAAAUUGGAUUGAUGGAUCUGCCAUAUCAUGGGAUUUAAAUUUAUUCAUAACAAAGAAUUUAAUGUAUGACAUCUCACAGGUCUUGCCUUUAAAUUACCCCCCUUCUCCCCUGCACAAAUAUAACAUAACAUAAUCUCCUAGAAAGUUUGAAAUGUACAGUGAGUAAUCGGGGCAAAAACCAAAUGCAAAAAGAAUGAUCUUUACUAAAUGACAAGGAAAAUUGUGGUUAAUACUCAAAUGAUAAGUUGUAAAUGCAAUUUUAAUCAUUUUUAGACCUUGGUACAUGUUGCUAGAUUACCUCUUUUAAAAUGAGAAACUGGUUCCUUAACUGCUAGAGCUCCCCCUUAAGAUAGUGGAACCAGAGCUAAGCAGGAAGGGUCAGGAAUCUCUGUAAAAUAUUAAUCCACCAUACAUACUGCUCAUAAACUUAAGAGUUUGUCCAUGUCUUCAGUUCUGUGCAAGUUACCAAUUAUUUUUUGGGAACUUAAGUGAAUCAAGUCAGAAGCUGAAAAGAAUUAAGUGACAGCAUUGGAUGUGCUAGUCACCAAUAGGAGGCAUAUAUUGAUUAAUGGUACACAACAUUUUAGGAGAAAGGUCGUUGCCUUGUUCUCUUAAAGGGACCAAGCUAAACUGCUGUUGGUUCGUUUAGUUGAAUUAAACUGUUAUUCAAAGAUGUUUAAUGCCUAUUUAACUUAUUUAAUGUAUUUCAUCUCAUGUUUCCUUAUUGUCACAAGGUUAUGACUAAUGCUAUGGCAUAGAAAUCACCGCUCUAAGGCUGGUGGGUUGACCUGUCAUUGCUGCUGGAGAGCUGUGGGAUCCUUCUGUCUCCUACUGCUUUGGGGGGUGCGGGGGCGCUAUGUAAAUGUGGACUUCUGAUUUAUUUGAACAUUGGAAAACAACAGUCAGGAAAUGUUUUUCUAUGUAAAUAAGUAACAUCUAUCUCGGGGAAGGGAGGCAAAUUAUACCAGUAGUAAUAGUCAACUCUUGAUUACCCUGCUGAUGGAGGGGGUAGCCAUAGUGCAGAUAACCUUUAAAAAAUGUCAUUUUAAUGUCACUCUUGAAUUCAUCCUAUUUCACCUUCCCUCAUUGUGCUGGGCUUCCAUCCCCGUUCCCCUCCCCCAUUUUGGCCCUUAAUUGGAGUAGCAACAUGGAAAGUUAUCCCAAUAGUAUGGAGGGGACACUGUUCUAGAAGUGGCUAGGGGAGAUAGUCCUGGAGCCAACUGGGAGGCAGGAGAGAGAAACCCACCCUAAAUAAGGGGCUGGUGGUCAGAGGAAACCUCCCAACUAGCCCACAAAGCAGAUAAUUGAGAGUUGACUGUAAAUUAGUUCUAUGCCGUAAAUGACCAAUCCUGUUGGACUAUGUAGCAUCUUUAAAAGAAAAAAAAAUUAAAUAAAGCCCCAAAAUGAAGAUUUCUUUUGUUAUUUUGUCACAUUUGCAAAAGAAAAGUUAAUUAAAAAUGACAGGCAUUAUCUGUUUGUUUCACAAUGCUUGUGUUUUAGUAAAAUGUCUUCUUAGAUCCUCUUGAUCUUAACUGAAAGGCCUACAGAUGAAAUUGCUAAAAUUUUAAGUGGUCAACUGCUGGUUAAAGAUGGAAAUCUUUAAGCCUUGUCGCCCCCAUUCAAGUCUAGAAUUUUUUAGUUACUGUAUUUCCAGGGAAAGAAACCUUAUCUCUUAAGUGAAGCAGCUAAAAUAAUUAAGAAGUGAAAUUAGGCUCUAUUGACUGGUCAUGGACUGGACUGUGAAUUUAGUUGUUAGAAAAGAAGAUGAGAAGAUAAAGAUGGACUAGUUCAACUAAGAAACUUAGCAUGACCUAAGUAUUUUAGGUGCUUCCCAGAACAGAAUCUUCCUUGGAGGCAGGGUGCUGGUUCAGCAAGCUGCUCUGAACCUCGGCUCCCCAUAAGCUCUCUUCUUGUGUACUAUGAGCCCCUGUGGUGAAUGGAGUUGUAGACUUGAACAUGUUGACCUUCAAGUCUCUUUGUUUAAUCUGGCCUUCAGUGUUGCUCUAGAAGGAAAGAUCAAGUACUUCCUCAUGAAAGAGAAUCAAAAUCCAGGGUGCCUCAAAAGUCUUAGUGAACUUUUAGGUUUAAAUAACUUAGUGAAGUUUCAAAUUGAAAUAUCUUCACAAAGACUCUUGGGACACCCUGGAGUGACAUGGGUGCCCAAAGCCACAUCUUUAAACUGGGUUAAAUAAAGUAAAAGAUACCCAUAAUAGUUGUUAAAAUUUGUGUGUGUGUGUGUGUGUGUAUGUUUUCACAGCUUCUAGGUGGGACCUCGUACAACUAAGACAAGGAUACAUUAUUUCUUGAGUUGGAAUUUUAAGAUUCUCUUAGCCCUUUGUCACACUCCGUUUUUUUCCACCUAAACUUUGACAAAGGCAGUACUGUCCCAAUAAACUUACAAGGACAGUGGUGAUUGGGCUGAGGUUUUAUUGGGGGAAGGGUUAAAAGCCACUGAGUUUCAGAGUUUCUAAAAUUAUAACCUAUGGAGAAUUUGCCCCCACUUCAUAGAAGAAUGUGUCUUAAUUAAAAUUUAAAUACAAAAAUGUCGAUUCCUUCUCCUGUCAGCCUGUGAACACUUUCCUCUUGUUUUGUUUGUUGGCUAGGGUUCUAUUGCGUGUUUCUUAUGAGCUGAGGGAGAGGUUGGUUUUCUAUCAUUUAUUAUCAGUACAGAGUAUAAAAUUCAGGGCCUCAGAACAGCCAAAGAACAUGCCAGAGAAAGGCAUACUAGACAUCCAAGAGCAUCAUGUUUCUGGUGUCUUAUCAGCCUUCAUGGGUGUGGGGCAGGGAGGGAGUGGGUAAGGGGAGAGAGUGAUUUUCACAAGUGGCUAGUUCCAAACAGUGAAGGGAGAACUGAAACCAUUAAAAUAAAGCUAGGAGGGGAAGAGAAGGACCAGUGAGCAAGGAAAACCCCCCAAUGGGUGUGAUGAUUUGGAGGUGAGGAGGUAAGAGAUUGGAGGGAUAAGAUUAUCCUCUCCUCUUGAAUUACAAACUGCUACUCAGGUCUCUGCCCUUGCCCUCUAAAUCCAGCCCCCAGUGAAGGCCAUCUCAGUAAAGAGCAUGCGAAAAGCAAUGAGCCAGUCAUCAAGUUUCAUAAAAUUUUAUCGAGCAUAUUUUUAAAUUGAGAAUUUAAGCUCCCUUUGAACCUCAGCCAUGGAGAUUAUAGUGGCUGUGUGUUAUUCCCACAGAAGACUUGAAUCCUAAAUGCAAUUUUUUAAAAAAGCAAUCCAUCAUCAUUUAUUUCCCUUAGUGCUUCACAUAUAGUAGACUGCUAAUAAAUAUUUUUAAAAUUGAAUUUUAGGCCAAAGUCACCUUUAAUGAUUCUUUCUGACCUGCAUGUUUUUUCUUCCUCCCUGAUCUGUAAAAUUGCUUGCAUAGACAGUAAUGAGUACUGAUAAAAAUCACAGUAGAUUCCACUGGUCGAGAGUUGAUGCCUUCAGAGAGAGAGGCUCAUACCUGCAGAAAGGAAGGGGAGGGGAAUGAAAAACCUCCAGCAAUCCAUGAAAACCAAAAUGUUUUCAGAUAAAUUGCAAGAACAGAAUUGCCCUCUAAAGGCAGCAGACCAGUGGCACCUACCUGAAUACGGUGGUCACUCAAAGCUAACUCACCUUCAGGUGAACUUGGGAACAAGCUAUGGUACAAGGAUAAAUUGUAAACAUUUGGCAACAUGUUAAAAAACACCCAGUAUGUGGGAUCCUAGGUCGUAAGACAUCACUAACUUGAAUCCAUGAACUGUCACAGGAAAGAUUUAACUGAUAUCUACUUGAUUUCUAGUGCAAUAAUUCUGUCCACCACACUACCCUGCAUUGUAACAUGUACCAUUUUUAAUAUUUUGACAUUUUUCAAAAUGGUGACUAGUUUUGGGCACAUAGAAAACCCUCCCAUUUGUCCACUCAGUGUGGGAUAAAUGUCUACCAUAAUAUUCAGUCAUUUAAUUAUCAUUUGCCUAUGGAAUUAAUAUUUAAUUAUUAAAUUACCUAAUUCCAGGGUCUCUUCUGAAAGUUGGUCUGCAUAGUUUUUUUUUGCUUUAUUUUUUAAAAUCUUGUUUGUGAAAUGCUUGGUUUAAAAAGUAAAGAUAUGUGCCCUGUAAGGAAUAUUUGAGCCCUUUCUUAACACUGACCUUAUGGGCCAGUGAAAGGAGGCUAUUGCUUCCACAUGCUGGAGACUGAAAACUCUUGACUGCUAUCUAGCUGCUGGGAUUUUCUGUACUGCUAACAUGAAAUUUAAAACUGGAUCAUCUAGUCUGUUUCCUCACUUUACAAAAUGAGGAAACUGAGUCCCCCAGUGAGGGUAAGGAGUUUGCCUAAGGAUAUAUAUAUAUAUAUAUAUAUAUACACACACACACAGUAGUAGUGAAGCUAGAAUUUUCAGAUCCACCUCCUGAGACUCCAAACCUAGUGAUUUUUCCACUACAUAGCACUGCCCUAUGUCUCCCACUUAGGCCAGAUGUUGAUCAGCCUCUCAGGGCUAAGGAAAGAUGAAUGGAAAAGAUUUUGAAUGACAGAAACUUGCAGUUAUGACAAUGUUGGAAAAACCUUGUUUCCUAAGAGAGACAGAAAUGGAGUUGUAUUGAGAGUGUCCUUUACACCUACAUCUGAUAAGAUCUGCAGUUGCUUUUCAGAUUUUAAAGGCAUACGCUCCAAAUACCUGAUUUCUGUUUCACUCAGAGUUCAUAUGAACCUGAUUAGAUUUUGCAAGGGAGGGCUUUUUUUGAACCCCUACCUUCUUGUUUACCAAGAAUUAAAAUAAUAUCCCUAUAAUUAAAUUAAACCUGAAACAAGUUCUACAAAUCUGUCUUCAAAAUCCAUAAAAGAAACAAAGUUGAAAAAUCCAGGGGUUGUGAACCCCUGAAUAAGGUAGGAUAUUGUUUAGUAGCUAUUAGGAGUAGGACUUUGUCUAAACUUCCUUUGUAUGCCGUGUUAGAGAUGCUUAUACUUCAUAUUUUUCUGUUCGUGGACAGAUGGUACAGAGUUGUAAGGACAUUAGCAUCAGUGUGGGCUUUUAUAUCAGUUGGUUGUUUCUCUUCAUCUUAGAUUUGGUUAUUUUUCAUAUAAGUGAAAUAGAGUUUACAGCAAUGUAAUUCAAAGGUCUUCCUAGUCACAAAUAGAACGAUAUAAUUAUGCUGCCUAAACUUUCUUGGUAUCUGAAAGCCUUCAGGACUUCUUGGGGUUGAAUUUAGAAGUCUUCUAUAAAGAAAAUUCUCAAUUUGGCUUAGUGUAGUGACUUUGGCCGCCCUGUGGAUAGGCUAACACUCUCACUCUGUGUGUGAGGUGUGGAUGUGUACAUCCACACCCACAUAUGUACUCUAACUUGUAUGCGAAGUUUACAGCCAUUCUUGAAAGUGCAUAUUUUUAGACAUUUUGUUAUUAGCAUCACUUACUGAAGUGGCAGCACAGAAGCCUCAGAUGAUGUGUCAAAAUGCAGGCAUGACUGGGUAUUUUAUACCUCUCCCUAAAUUGGCACUGCAUUUCUAGGAGAGACAGUGAUGGAGCUAGGUAUGGUGAGCUUGAUAGUGGGAAAAUGGAGUUGGGGGAGGCAGGUAUCAACUAAGGAGCUAGAUUGGGUAUCUGUAAGAAACAGAGAUACCAUUACAUUUUUUAAAUGUCCACCCAUUGAACACCUUACCCAUGUGCUUCCACUCUCAGUAAUACUAGAAAAAAAAAUGUAGAACUGCCUACAUUUCUCCAGAUGACAGUAGCUUUUUAAACUUUAUUUCCUUUACGGAUUUUGAAUACAAAUCUGUAGAACUUAUGUUUCAGGUUUAAUUUACUCUCAUUACAGGGAUUUUAUUUUAAUUCUUGGUUUAUUAUAGUAGUUCAUUGUGGAAUCAGGUUCACAUAUGAGCAGUUCAAUUAAUUGGGGCUUUUUUUUUAGUAAGACCAGUUUAUUAGAAAACAUUUGCAUUAUUUCUGUAUUUAGGCACCUUGGGAAAACAAAAAAUAUAGCUAUUGUCUAACCUGCCAUUUUUGGAAUGUUUCCUUGGCAUACAAUGGCCUGAUUAAAAAGUGAUGGUGGAAUAAAGUGGCGCCCAGGAUAAUAAUCUGUUGCUACUAGAUAAAUGCCAUUUUUUAAAAUCAGAAAAUGAUACUGUGACAAUGUCUUAUUACAGUUACUUUAUUAUACCAAAGGGUUGAUAUAUAUUAAAUCAUUGACUAAUGGAUGUUGGUGUUGGACUGAUACCAUCAUCAGCUUUGGUUAUUGACAAGCAUUGUAACUAGGGAUGGGGCAACACCUAUGUUGAUCACCUUCUGGGCCAAAAGCAUGGGCUUGGAGCAUGCUGUUUGUCACCAAAAUGUCCCUUGUAUUUCUUUUAAAAUAUCUGUACGGGUAGGCAAGGCAGAGAGAGAUAUGACUAUAACUUAUUCAUAAUUAAUAGGGCUUGUUACUUAAGAAAGUGAUAAAUCGCUGUGCAUGUUUCGUACACCAACCCUAGGACUCUUUUGUUGUUGAACUGCCUGCAUUUUUAGGGCAUUGUUUUUAGAAGUAAACUAAAUUCAGCUGUUACUCCUCUGGAAUUCAACAUCUCCACCCUACCCCUUCCCAUCAUGGGGGGAAGGGGGUAUAUUGUUUGACUGAUUCCAGUCAGAAUUUGCUUGCCAAUAAUACUGAGACCAUUAGUACAGGGGCUGCUUCUUUCCAAAGCACUAUCACGCUUUUCAUAAAUAAGUCUAAUGAGCCUCAAGUGUAUAUUCGCAAUGUUCGUAUACAGAUACUAGAAGAGAGAAUACACGUUCUUACUCCCGUUGCUAGUAUUUUGCCUUUAUAUGUUAUAGGAACUCUCUUCUCUAAAUGAGAGGCAGUGUGAUGCACUGGAAAGAGUGAUUGGAUUUGGAAUCAUAAGACCUGGGUUCAAAUCCCGGCUCUGCUACUAUGUGACCUUGAACAAGCCCCUUAACCUGUUUGGGUCUCAGUUGGCUCACCUACAAACAGGGAGUGGAACUAGAUCACCUCUUGAGAUUCUUCCCAGCCCUGCAUCUAGGAUCUAAAGUUACUGCUUGAAACAUCCGACCAGAAUCCCAAAAGGAUUUGUUGAAAUGUUCUUCCCCUUUGUAAGUGACUGAAGAGAUUUUCUAAAAUUCAGAUUAGUCUCUGGCGUGCUUUCCACACUUCCUCCUCUUGAUAAUUCCUACAGUUCUUGAUGUAUAUUUGAUUCUAAUUUCUAGUAGUGAGAUUCUACCUGUACCUUUAUUAAACAGAUGUAGUUAAAAAAAAAACUUCAUUCCAUUUUUCUUGUGUAUCAAAGUUAUAUUUUCUGUUUUGGCAUAAUUAAUUUUUAAAGCUGAUGCAGGGAGAACACUUCCCAUUGUGUAUUUUUGUUUUCUGACAUGUAAUAAGUUUAUAUAAUUAUAUAGUAAUUAUACACUCUUGAGGAGAAGGCUGACUACUGCUUCUGUAGUUUAAACAAGUUCUAUACAUCAUGUGUUCACAUAGUCUGUAUCAGUCAGGCAACACGUGCCAGGCCAAAGCGUCCACUUUUGUAUUAUUUGGCUCAGUAUUAUGUUUAAUAAAUUCUGUGCUCUGGACAUAUUUAA